CUGUGACGUCACCGCCCAUGUCAACAACAUGCCGGAGUCCUGCGGGGAAACACUAGCCGAAGACGGAAGAAGACCGCAACAGAACACGCCAGCCCACAACAUCGUGUCGACUUUAUCUCAGUUGGCAGAUGAUCAUUUAACCUUUGUCCGGAACAUAAGCACCGGCCUGGCGCUUGCUGGUGUAAUUGUCAUAGCAAGGAGUAUCAAACUGAUCACCAAAUUCCAAGCCGUGUCUGAGAUCCCCACCCGUUUCGUGGAGAGGAACGUCAGCCUCCGCGGGAGAGUCCAUGCCAUCACGGAGAAAGGGAUAGAAGUUGAACAUAUCCCCAUUCACCUGCCACUGCUCUCACCUCUGCUUACAAAACACAAAGGUGUGCGCACGGCGCCCUUGCUUGUGAAUCUUGCAGGUGUGGACCUGACAGCGGACGGAACAUUAUGGCUGGAGAAAAGUCUCCCUCCAGCUCAAACCGUCUGGCUGAAACUCAUCAGCCGCCACGACGACAUCCUGCAUUGUUUUGUGGCUCAAAGCAAGGGGUCAGCAUGGCGCCGCUCCGUGAACGAGGAGGCGCUCAGACUCGGCCUGGCCCGCCGGGCGCCCAUUCCCGGACUCUCACCGGACUCUCGCCUUUAUUGGCGUCUGCACAAGCGGCUUCACAGGGCAGAGGUGAAAGCUGAGAAGAAGGGGCACGGUCUGUGGAAGGAAGAGAACCAAUGGGAGAGGGCCUGGAAGGCAAUGGGGGACAAUGCAUUCAUUAGACUGCUGCGGAGGCUCUUUGGGAAGAACUGAGUUUCCAGUUUCAGACCUCUUGCUAAAGAUGGAACAUUUGGCAGAAAUACCGGACAAUUCUGCAAACUUCAUGGCUGGCUCACAUCGUGGUCACUCCGUGAUCACUUACGACCGCCAGACACUUCUGGAUGUGGACAGAUCGGGCCGUUUUGGACUGAUAGACGCAUGCUUGCUAGACCUGCUAGCUAGCAUGGGACUACGCCGGCUACAUCCAGCGGCCUGUGAAGCAGCGGAGUAUAGUAACGCGGAUGCCGAGCGGUGCUAAAAACAAAGCUAAAGGCUAAUCCCCGCAGAACACCACUUACCUCCAUCCUGAAGCCGGAUUUAAAUGGAAGAUGCGAGACUACUGGUCUGGGUAAGGAGGCAGUUAAAUUAGAACAAGUUUUUUCUGCUUUGAUUGUUUCAGAGGUGGACAUGUGUUCUACUGAGGUGGCAAACUAUGAUGCGUUCAGUUUAUCAAAGCAACAAACAAUCAGAAAAUUCCCGUCGUAUCAAUUCCUAGAUAUGGUCGUAAUUAUACUAAAUGCACAGGGCAUAAUAAACACAACGUUAUUAAUAUUGCUACUACGGAUAAUUUGAUCAAAAAUUCCCUGAAACAGCCCCACUACCUAUAAUAUAGGUUUUUUAAACAUAAGAUCAUUGUCUCCCAAAACGUUGUUAGUUAAUGAUAUCAUCAGAGACAACAAUCUUAACGUCAUCGGUCUCAGCGAAACCUGGCUUAAACCAGAUUACUUUUUUGCGCUAAAUGAGGCAUGUCCUCCUAACUUUACACAUGCACAUAUUGCCCGUCCCCUUAAAAGGGGUGGGGGGGUCGCACUAAUAUACAACGAAAACUUUAACCUUAGUCUUAACAUAAAUAAUAAAUAUAAAUCGUUUGAGGUGCUUACGAUGAAGACUGUCACACCGCUGCUUCUACACCUGGCUGUUAUCCACGAUAAAGCUCGCAACUUUCGGUGUUAAGAGAAAAGCCCUGCCUCUACCGGAAGUCGCAGACGAUAACGUCACACGUGUGAUGGCUCCUCACAUAUUCACAUUGUUUUUAAUGGGAGCCUCCAACAAAAAGUGCUAUUCGGACCGAGAAAACGACAAUUUCCCCAUUAAUUUGAGCGAGAAUGAAAGAUUUGUGUUUGAGGCUAUUGAUAGCGACGGACUAGAAAAAAAAAAGAUUAAAAAAAAUAGGUUUAAAAAAAAAACAACGUGAUUGCCUUAGGACAGAUUCCGAUGUUUUUAGGGACAUUUACUAAGAUAAUUCUGGGAAAUCCCUUAUCUUUCUAUUGUGUUGCUAGUGUUUUGGUGAAUUAAAUAGUACCUGAUAGUCGGAAGGGUGUCUGCACGGGUGUCUUGACGCGCAGUGUCUCAGGGGAGUCGACGGCAGCUAUGAAUGGCACAAUCUCAGCUUUUCUCCGGUAAGAACUGACUUUUUAACCACAAAUUUCUCACCGAAACCUGCUGGUUGACAUGUGGUCGGGAUCCAUGUUCUCUUGACCGCGCUCAGAUCCAUCGUAAAUUUUCACCUCCAGGAAUUUUAACCAAGGAAUCACCGUGUGUUUGUGUGGCUAAAGGCUAAAGCUUCCCAACUCCAUCUUUCUACUGUGACUUCUCCAAUAUUAAUUGAACAAAUUGCAAAAGAUUCAGCAACACAGAUCUACAAAAUACUGUGUAAUUAUGCCAUUAAAGCAG